AUGGCUCCGUCCGAGAAGUUGCAAGAGAAGCUCAAGGGCGAGCCGCACAAGUAUGCCACGUUCGGCCUGCGUGUGCUGCAGCGCCAUCCUGCCGUCAGUGCGUCUAUGGUGUCAAAGCUGUUCCUGUCGUGGUGCAUGCCGCUCGUGCGACGAACACACCAGCUUCAGAUGGACGACAUCUGGAGUCUGGAAGACGUCAACACAUGCGAAUUCAACACAGAUCGAUUCGCCGCGGUCUUUGACAAGACUCACUCGGUCGUGUGGUCAGCAUUGCAGGUGUAUGGGGAUUCGUUCGCUGUCACAGGCAUCUGGACCGCGUCGACGCGGCUCCUCGAAUUGGUCGGGCCGAUGGUACUCGGCCAAGUCGUUGCCUCCACCGGCGACAUGGCCCAUUUGUACCAGUGGUUGGUCGUUUUGCUUGGGGCAAAACUUGCCAAGGCAUUUCUGGCGUCGCACACCAUUCUAGUGGAGGAAACCAUAGGCAUUCGCUUUGUCGGGGCGCUCAAAGGAUUGUUAUUCCGAAAACUAUUGUCCAAAGGCAACCACCGCGCCCCCGGCGUUGUGGAGCUCGCCAACGCCUACUCGUCCGACAUGGAUGCCCUUGUCCUCGGCUGCAAAGCGUUUCACAACCUCUGGAUCAUGCCAAUUCAAAUUGCGAUUGCGUCCACGAUGCUAUACCGCGAAAUCGGCGCCGCAUCCUUUGCAGGCAUGGGCGUGAUCGCGCUCGUGAUGGGCUUUUCAGCAAUCGUGUCGCGACGGCAGUCCAAUGCGUACCGCGAUGUCGCGACCGCACGUGACAAUCGUAUGCAGGUGGUCAAAGAAACGUUUGGAUCGAUCCUCGUCGUCAAACUGCAUGCGUGGGAAGCCCGCUGCCGCGAAAAAAUGCAACAGCGCCGCGCCAAAGAGCUGGCACGUAUCUGGACGUUUAUGGUGAUCGCCGCGUCGAGCAUCUUCAGCUUCUGGGCAGGGCCACUGUUCGUAUCGACGGCAUCGUUUGCCGCGUACACACUAGUGCUGGGACAGCCGUUGACCGCGUCGAAAGUCUUUACGUCCUUGGCACUGUUUCGCCUCCUUCAGAUCCCUCUCUCGGACUUGCCCAUGCACGUCACGUCCGUCCUGCAGGCCCAGGUAUCGCUGCACCGCAUCAAGUCGUACUUGCACCAGCCCGAAAAGCCCAUACGCCCCACUCCCCCCAAGCAGCAUGAUGGCCCAACAAUGGUGGUGAUUGAAAACGGAACGUUUACGUGGGAUGCUGCGGACAGCAUGGCUCCCACGCUCAAGAAUAUCUCGUUGACCGUGUCCCGCGGCGACCUCGUCGUCGUCCAUGGAAAGGUCGGGAGCGGCAAGUCGAGCUUGUGCAAUGCGAUCCUUGGCGAGAUGCACCAGACCAAGGGCACGACCGGCGUCUACGGAUCCAUUGCGUACUGCUCGCAGGAGCCGUGGAUUCAGCAAAUGAGUGUCCGCGACAACAUCCUGUUUGGGUCGCCCUUUGACUCGCGCAAGUAUAUGCGGGUGGUCGAGGCGUGCGGUUUGUUGCCGGACUUUGCGCUGAUGGCGUUCGGGGACCUGACCGAGGUGGGGUCGAAGGGCCGCAACUUGUCGGGGGGGCAAAAGGCGCGCAUCAGUUUGGCCCGAGCGUGCUACAGUGACGCGGACAUUGUGAUUCUGGACGCGCCGCUGGCUGCGAUCGACGCGGUCGUGCAGAAGGAGAUCAUGUCCAAGUGCGUGGAAACGCUACUCAAGUCCAAGACGGUGAUUUUGGUGACCCACAAUGGCGACAUCAUCGGGUCACCCAGCGUCAAUCGGUUGAUUGAACUGGACGAAGGAUCGAUGGAGCAUUCCCACAUAAAGCCAUCCGCCCCAAUGGCGGCCAAAAUCGACAUCAUCAAGGUUCCGUGCGUCGCCAAGCCAGUCGUGGGGUCUCUGCCGAGUCCGUUGUGGUCCCCGCGGACAAUGGAGGCUGGAGACAAGUGGACAGAGCACUUUGACCAUGCAAUAUCCGAGCAGUUGGGCGAAGAAGAGCGAGCGAUCGGACGAGUCGGGCUCGAUGUGUACGCAUCGUACAUUGCUGCGUUUGGUGGGUGGCGCACGAUCGGACUCCUCUUUGCGUUCCAAACAGCGACACAGGUGUUGCAAGUCGGAUCGGAUGUCUGGCUCGGCGUGUGGACGUCCAGCGACGACGCGGUCGUGUACUCUCAGUGGUACUUGGGCAUGUACACGGCGCUGUGCCUCGGGAUGAUGGUGGCGGUGCUAUGUCGCACGAUUCUCGUCGCGGUGUCGGGCGUCCGUGCGUCGCGGGUUCUGUUCGACAAGCUGACGACGUCCCUCUUGGGAACUACAAUGUCGUUUUACGAUGCUAAUCCGAUCGGCCGCGUCGUGAAUCGAUAUGCCCAGGACAUCGCGAGCAUCGACACGCGGCUCCCGUUCAGCUACGCUGGUGUCACUGGGUGGUUCUUCUCGGUGGCGUCGUCGCUCCUCACGGCCAUGUUUGUGGUGCGGUGGUUUGGUCUUCUUUUUCUGCCCCUUAUUUAUGUCUACGUUCGAGUGGCCCAGCUGUACUUGCGACCGUCUCGCGAGCUCACGCGUCUGUGGAACAUCACCAACUCCCCCGUGCUCACUUUCUUGGACGAAAUUGAGCAUGGCUUCAUGCUCGUCCGUGUGUACGGCGCCACGUACAUCGAGCGCGCCGUGAGUCGACAUGCGCAUCAUGUUAAUUCAAACCACCGCGUGCGGUUUGCUCGGUGCAGCGUCAACGCGUGGUUCGAACUGUGCAUCCAGCUCCAGGGCACGGCCAUCGUCAUGAUCGUAGCGACGGGCCUCGUGUUCUUCCGGUCCGCGUUGUCCGCUGGCUUGGUCGGCCUGGCGUUCAACUACAUUCUCAUGGCGGACGCCAACAUUGGCUAUCUUGUGUCCAACUUUUCGUGGCUCGAAAUCAACAUGGUGUCUCCUGAGCGUGUGCUGCAGUACUGCGACUUGCCCGCCGAGGAAGCCAUGAGACCGCAAGGCACCUCCACCGCUCUGGCCAUCACGAAAGGCUCCAUUUCGUUCAAGCAAGUUCAGUUCCGGUACAAACCAACUAGCGAGAUGGUGCUGCGGGACCUCACGUGCAACAUUGCGGGCGGUGAAAAGAUUGGGAUCGUCGGCCGCACGGGCGCCGGCAAGUCGAGUCUCACCAUGGUCCUCUUCCGCAUGUACCCGUUGGUGUCUGGGUCGAUCCACAUCGACGGCCGAGACAUUGCGACGGUGGCCAAGCAAGACCUGCGGCGGCAGCUCUCGAUCAUUCCCCAGUCGCCUGUCCUCUUCAAGGGGACCCUCCGGCAGUACUUGGAUCCGUUCGGGUCGUACGACGACGCUGCGUUGUGGUCGGUGGUGUCGAAGGCAGGGCUGCUCGCGCUUGUGAGCGACAUGCCGGACAAGCUGAGCACGGAGGUGGCAGACAAGGGGGCCAACUUGAGCGUGGGCGAGCGGCAGAUGCUGUGCCUGGCGCGGGCGUUGCUGGUGCAGUCGAAGAUCGUGGUGCUGGACGAAGCGACGGCUGCGAUGGACCACGACACGGACGUGCGUUUGCAGGAGGUGAUUGCGACCGAGUUUGCCGAGGCGACCGUGCUCACAAUCGCGCAUCGGCUGCACACGAUCAUGCAUUCGGACCGGAUCAUGGUGAUGGAUGCUGGUCGGGUCGUCGAGAUGGACACGCCGGCGGCGCUCAUCGCGGCAGAAGGCGUAUUCUAUCGACUUGCCAAGGACGGCGGUGUCCUCGCCCCAUAGUCUCUUUAUCGUUGAAUCCUAGCAAUGAACGUUGACUUGCUAAGCGUCGAGCGUUGAAUGUCCCGCAGCAACUUAAGAGCGGCGUUGCGUGUCCCGCAUGCCAAUGGAUCGAGUUCAAGGGCUUCAAUUCAGGCGGCAAUGGACAAGUCGCAUACCUGCACAAUGCGAAAGGAACCAGUCCAGGGAUCCCAGUCGGUGGUCAGUUCGAUAACGAUUCCGACUACUGGAUGCGUG